UGGGCCAAGUUUAACAAAUCCUCAAUCUAAUUAAAGGCAAAUUCAUGCUUCGGGCUUCUGAUAAACCAGCACCAAAAAGAGGAGGCCUAGUAACAGAUUCGCAGCCCAUAGCCCAUCUCGAUCUUAUAACUGGCCCAUAUACCAUUAUAGCAGGCCCAACAAUGGCAAGCAGAUUACAUGCCGUGUUUGUCGGUAUUCUGUAGCCACCACCUGUUGUCGUUCGCAAUUCUCAAGAACCCAAGAAAUCAUAAAAAGACAAAAAGAAGUCACAGUUCUUAGGGUUUAUUAAAGGGUUUUGAGCUUCACAGAAAGAACUCCACGAUUUCAGUAUAACACAUUUUCUGCUACAAGUUUCGGUUACAAGAUGGCUGGAUUCAGUAGCCUUGCACCUAAGACCAAGAAUCUGGUAGUUGCUGGAGGCUUGUCAGCAUUUGUUUUUGGGGUUUAUUUCUACACCAUGAGAGCUGUUGGAGGGACAGACGAACUUCAGACUGCUAUUGAUAAGUUUGAACAGCAGAAAAGCAAGGAAGAGUCUGAGGCAACCAUCCCAUCUAAGGCUUGACCAUAUGAUGCAUGGUGUAAUAAUGUGAUCAGAAACAAGAGAGUGGUUAAUUUGUGAAUGUGCUGUUUCUACUUUUGAUUUUGCACUUUUACUGUACUUGAUAGGCAUUAGAGUCUGAGGCAACCAUCCCAUCUAAGGGUUGACCAUAUGAUCCUUGGUGUAAUAAUGUGAUCAGAAACAAGAGAAUGGUUAAUUUGUGAAUGUGCUGUUUCUACU